CGAUCAUUCAAACAAAAAACACAGUCAUUGACUACAAUGAAGUUCCUUGAAGAAUUCUAGGAUGCACGAUCGAAAAAAAACAUCAAUAGAGGUAAAGCAAAAAAGAUUGUUGACUUCAUCUGAAAAAAAAAGUAUUUUUCAAGCAGAAAAUGACGACUAAUUUGUGAAAAAAAAUCGAAGUGAGAAAAAAAAUCAUGACAUUUAUAAAAGAUAAGAUCUCAGACUGUCUUCCCAUGCAUUUAUCUAAAUUUUCAUGCUUUUCACAAAAAUUGAUUUUUCUUGAGGGGAAGGUGGUGGGAUAAAAUAAUUUCAAGGUUCAAAUCUGUUCUAUUUGGUUGUCAUUCAAAUUCAGAACUCGAUAAAUUCAUAGUCGAUAAAUUAGUUAUAAAGAUAUACAAGGAGUAAAUUGUUCAUUAUUUAAAUUAAACUUUUUGUUAUUUUUUCUUUCAUAUAAUCCGUACUCAAAGUCUUGUUUUAUUUUACUUCAUACUCAAAUGAUUUCCACUCUCGUAUGGAGUCUAUGAAACACGGCUCUAUUCGUCACCUACUUUCGUCUAGAUAUUCUACAAGAAAUAAUAUAGUCAUCAUUCGUUUAUGAUAAUUGUGUCCAAUAGUUAUAUAUAAAUUUCAAGAGAAUAGAAUGUUAGCGAAAAAGAAAAAUAUUUGAAUUUAUACAAACUAAAGCAAUCCUUUUUUGAACAUAGUGUAAAAAGAUUUUUUAACAACUAGAGUUGUUCCUUUGUAAUUGUCAAUUUUAAUAAUUCUAUUAUAUUCUUUAAUAUAUUAUAGUUAUUUGAACUUGGUGUUCUGCCUGACGUACCAUUUUCAUCAGCCAUUGCCGAUCGUCUAUCUCCAUCAGAUAAACAAGCAUAUAUACUAGAACGAGGUAGUGUUGCUAUGUUUACAGCUGCACAUCGUGAAAGACUUAAUAUUGUACGGCAUUUAUGUGAACGCAAUAUUGGCAUCAACUAUCAGACAGCAGCAGGACGUACACCAUUAAUGGUAGCAACUGCUCGUGGUUCAUUACGAGUAAUGGAAUUGCUAUUGCAUCAUGGUGCUCGACUUGAUAUUCAAGAUGCAUUUGGACAAACAGCUGAAAGUUUUUCUGUGAUUUUUAAUCAAAAGCAAAGUCGUCGAACGAUAAUACAAUUUAAUUGGAAAAGAAGAAAUGAUAAAUCAAUGAUUCGAGAACGUGAAAGUAAACUUGCUAUGAGUCGACAAAUCAAUAAAAAUGAUCAAGCUAUUGAAGAAGCAAAUCGUCAACGUGAAGAAAGACUUACAUGUUUAGCAGAUCAACGUAAAAAAAGACAAGAACAAAUUGCUUCUCAACAAUUGCGUAUACGUAAAAAGAGGAGUAAGAUUAUAUUACUAUUUAAUUUAAAAAGAAAAACUGUUGUCUUAUCCAACGUGGAUGUGGGGACUUUCCGAAAAUUGAGUUAGCCUUUCUGGAAUUUGUGGUUAUUUUAUUAUGUACUAUGUAUCUGUGCUUCCAAAAAUAGGUGUUUGUCCGGUAAGUAUGCUCUUCGCUGAAAACAAGAUCGUCGAAAACUCACAUCGCCGACUCGACGUGGAAAUUCACCAUAAAUUUCCACGUCGAGUCGGCGAUGUGAGUUUUCGACAAUCUUGUUUUCGACGAAGAGCAUUACGUUCGUUUGUCCUAGUAGAAUUUUAAAUCGUUCAUCCAGAAGAGGAAAUCUAGAUAAAAUACUGAGAAAAACAUUAUUAUACAGUAGUGUGCAAAAUUAUAGGUUCGCAUCAGAUUUUUGAAUUUUGUCGUCCGGUAUGUCCUUAUAAAUGCUUUUAUUAAAGAGUCGAU